GAGACUUAUAAAACCUUCCUCGGCCUGUAAACGGCGCUAAAUAAUCUCUCCCUUUUUUUUUUACGGCGAUCGGAGUAAGUCGCUUCUUGAAGAUUCUUCCCUUCAGAUAGCUUUACGAUUUAAUGCCAGAAAAAAUGGGCUUUAUUGGUAGUAUUGAAUCUUCUCAGCAGACAAGGGAUUUCUUACCUACAAUUCAGUCAGUCUCCAAGAAUGCUAGCACCCAUAGUUGGUCCAAAUAUGGUUUGAGAGAUCAUGAGGCAGGCCUUGAUCAAAAUCAUACAGAGACACCUGAUGUUGUUCUUGCAGAUUCGGAAACCAAAGAUUUUGAUAUUGAGAAGCAGGUGGAUUAUACUGAAGGAUUGUCAGAUGAAAGCGAGUAUGUGUGGUUGUCUUCAGAUAGUAAGUCUUCAUCAUUGUUUAGUUCUGAUGACUCGCAAGAUAUUUGGGAGUUUGAUUGCUGGGAUCUGUCUCUCCAUGAUCCGUUCUCUUCAUCAUUGUCAUUAUCUCAAAGCUCUGAAGUUCUCUCAAAUAAGGGAAAAGGUUUUCUUGUCUCUGAUGGGUCUAGAAUGAGUUCUACAGGCGUCUCACCCUUAGUUCUUAACGGACUAUGUGAAGAUACUGAGGGGAAAGGUCUGAAGGAGGAACUCGUUUUGCAGUUACAUGAAACUGUCAGAAAUGAGGUAAAAGAUUCUCACAUUGGGCAUCCAGAGAGUGGUGAUUCUUCAUAUGAGAUAUUUGUCGGUGAGAAUUCGCCGGUUGCUUAUUGUCCUGGUACAUCCUUCAAUCCCUGUGAUGAUACACCAUUUCGAGAUUUUGAUAGAACAGACAUAUGGGUAUCUUCAUUGGAUCUUGAAGGGGAGGAUACCGAGUUAAUACAAGAUAAAGAGCAAGUGUUCGACAUCUUUGAUUCUGAUUUUCCCAGUCCUCCCUUUAGUGCCAAACUGAAUUUCCAACUCAGUCCUUCCAGCUGUACUCCAAGGUCUUCUAUUGUCCAUGCAGAUGAAGUUAAGAAUGCAGUAGAAGAAUCUGAUUCUGAUGAACCUCUCUUUUGGCCAUUUGAACAUAGCUCCUAUAGCUGCCCUGAAUUCAAGAACUUCCUAUGUUUGUCACCUCCUAAGGAUGGAGGAAUUGAUUGUAUUUCAGGUCCGCAUAACUCAAAAACAAUCAGGUUGAAACUCCAUCAAAAGAACAUCCCAGCAGACAGACAAGUCAGCCAAGGAUGUAGAAGAAGGAUUACAUUCAGUCCAACACCAAAGUCAGCUGUUGCAGAACGUAAAACCAGAGGUUCUGAUAAUGAUGUUCGGAAGACUGCUGCCUCAUCUUCAAGGUUGAGCAAAUUAAACAAAGCUUCUUCUGACCAGCAUCCAAGCAACAUCUCCAAGAAAAGAAGACCACCUCAGUUAAAAAUUGAUGUGCCAAAACAUGCUAGUGGUCAGGAGAUUUUGCGCCAACCUCUGCCAGAGGUUGAAGCUGUCAGUUUGCAUGAUUUGGUCGUGCAAGGAGUUCCAAUUGAAAAGUUUGUUGGGCUGAAUGAAUUUGAUGGUCAUGAAGGCAUUAAUGUAGAAUCUGAGGAGGAUCAGUUUACUUUUUAUGCAUCGCCCUGCAAGACUAUGAAGCUGAUGCUUUCUGGGAAUAUUGAUUGGUCCAUGGUAAACAGUGAUCACAAGGGCUGCAACCAUUCUGCUAUGGGCAUCGAUGAAAGCAAUCAACAAACAAAGGAUUGUACUGUAGCACAUGCCAAAGGCAACGAAGAUAUUUUAGAUGAGCAGCUGGGGGAGCCUCAUGUACAUGAUUGACUUUCGCUUUCAGAGUAAGGAGACUGGUGGUGCAGUCUGCUUCUCAAACAACUAAACCCGGUGCCUCCAAUAUUGUUGCAAUUUGGAGCAAAGAGUUCUGUAUUAAUGGAUUUUGACAUGGGGGGGUUAGCACAGGGUCAGCACAAUGAGAUGAGUGCUCGUGGUCUUGGUUUCCAGCAAGGAUAGAACAGCAGAGUAGUCUAUAGCUGUAGCUUGCUAAACUCAUGCCACCAUAUCAGCCUAGAGCAAUAGGUUUGUGCAUUAAUUUUGUUGGCAAUUCGUCCAACAAAGUUCUGCAGAGAAAUAGCAUAGUUUGCUUCCUUGGAAAAUGAGUUCGAUGUUGCUUCAUCGCCAUUGCAAGCUGGAGCAGUGGGAUUUUGCAUUAUGUUGUUGCGCAUGGUUCGAUGCGGGUUUUGGAGGA